UGGCGGUCUCAUUCUAUCUGAACGGUACUUGUCGAAAAAUGCAUUGCGAACGCACUCAAACUGCUAGUCAUAUUGUGGACCAGAUCAAAAGUCAAGGAUUGUUCGAUAAAAUUCGAAAACAAUGUCUGGAAGAUAUAGAUACGAAUGUCGAAUAUCAAAUUCUUCAGAAAAAAGUGAAUUCAUUUGUUUCAGAAUUUCUCGAGAAUCAAACUUGGGAUUCAACUCUAGAGAAGUUAAAGUUGAGGGAAGAAUUACGGACUAAACUUACAAAAACUAAAAUGUUUUCUUCUGGUAUCGACAAGCUUGUGUGUGAAGCACUAAAGGCUAAAAUGCCGAAGGGUUUCAGAAAUCAGGUUCAAAACAUUGUGUGUGAUUACUUUGAUAUAUCUCCAGAGUCUCUAAUGUCCAGCAUUAACUGUGAUGAAAUAAAGCCAUCUGUAUACCCUGAGUCUGCAGUUCCAUGUGUCCUCCCAGAUAUAAACUAUGUCAGUCCUGUAGUGAAUACCGGUAUGGCUAUCCCUGCUGUUCGCCCACCAUUCCCGUAUCCAUACCCUCCAGUUCCAGUCCAACAUCCAGUCAUCCAACCAAAUGUCCCGUGUCCAAUAAAUGCAUAUGUCAGCCCAAGUGGAAAUUACAUGGUUCCUCCUCCUCCCCCUCCUCCUCCUCCUCCUGGAGUAUUCUGCCAACCGCCUGUUCGUCUUAGCAACCAGCCUGCAUUAGGUGUGCCGACUGACCAUGCCACUGAAAAGUACGAGACCCUAACAACAGUCCAUUGCGACUCUGGUCAGGGGCAAACACACCCUUUGGAAGUUACGGUUGAGGAAUCAGUACAGUGCGAUGACCCGAUGGAUAUAGAGUCUUUACACUCUAAUAGCCCAAUUGAUCAAAACACUACAAUCCUACCACACCAAGACUCGGGACAAGCUGAAGAAAAUAAGGUCUCAAACGUCGAUGAAAAAACAGUAGAAACUUCACAUUGUGCAAAUGACAAAACUGCUUGGCAUAAUGUCCGUUUUAUGCUGGAUGAUGUCUCCGAGGAUGAGGAGAAAGAUUUGAACUAUAAGUCACCAUUGUCAUAUGAAGACAAAGUACGACGUUUCAAUCAUUCUCCGACCUAUAAGUCUUCACAUGCAGUUCAUCACUCGUAUGACAGGAACUCACCUCUGCGAAAUGCCUCUCCCUUUGACCAUAUCAGUUCAGAGGAUAAUGUACCCUCUUAUUCACCAGCUAAUUAUGAUGGACGUAAACAUCGAAAAUCAGUACGUCCCACGUUAGAAUAUAAUCCAGAAAACCCUGCGUCUAAGCACGAUACCGCAAGGAAAUCAUCCUACGAACAUCUUUCAGAUCUCCAUGAUUUUAGUCCACCCAGUUCAUCUAAAAAGCACAGACAUUAUCCGCAGACUAAAUAUUCUGGACUGUCUGCUUCACCUGUAUCAUCCGGUAAUCAUUUCUGUGAGCCGACUCAUACUAAUCAGGACGACUGUCAUCCAAUGACCGUUGGAACAAGUUCACGGAGAGAAAGGGGUUAUUCCAAACCACAUUCUGUCUUUCAUAAAAAACAUAUGCCAUAUAGUCCGACAAACCAGUCAGUACAUAAUCCAAACACACGGAGAAAAAUCGAGUGCAGGAAAAGUUCUGAUGACUCUAUCGACCGUCGCUUGAAACCUGAAUAUUCAUCUAGCAAUUCUAUUUCCAGUCGGUUCCGUGUAUCCCCAGAUUCCGUAUGUGUAAAUUUAGAGCAUACACGGAAAUUAUGCUUUCUUCAUAAUUUUAUUGCAUUUAUCCCGGUUUUUUAAAGUCCAUGCAUGAUCAUUCUGAUAUCGUAUGUAGUCUUAAGUAUCACAAACUUUUCUUUCCUGAGAUAUUUUUUUGGAGUGAACGAAAAUUCUCAAUUUAAGAAGAAAGAUAACAGACUUAAGUGCUUACUCGAAGUCUCACACUGCGUGAAAGUGGGUCUUAUUCAAUGCCGAUCUAUUUCGAAACCUAUAUGGCUGAAAAAUGAAAGUCCUACUGCAAUCUUUUUAAAGUAUAUCAGGCUUAUUGAAUUUAUUUCCUAAAAGCAAGGAUAAAUUGUUCGCGCUGAAAAUAUGCAAGUUAGCUACAAUGUGGUAAGCCCUAAAACAGAAUAUAUGGAGUGAGUAUUAACAUAGCUUUUGGGUCUAAAUUAUGUCGCAAUUUAGAUUUUCACUUAAAUUUCAAUCAUCACUCAGGGCAUCGACAAAUGAAUGUUUUUAAAAAAGUUUCAGUUAUGAGGACAGUAAAUGAUAUGGCGUCAAUUUGAUGGGUUGCAGUUGUGUCACGAUGGGUUCAUAACUACAUCGACUUUCAGAAGGCCUUUGACAGUGUCGAUCACGCAGUAAUUCGGCAAUACUACGGAGCGCCGAAAGUAUUCAUAGACCUUAAUCACCAACUAUCUGGUAACGCCACAUGCUAAGUGAUUCACAAAGGAAAGUUCACCGAUGCAUUUGGAGUAAAGACAAGUCAGACAAGACCCUGAUUGUGAUGGAUUUGAUCAUAUGGGACGGCCUAAGGAAAAUGGAAAGGCAGACAUUGGACCGAAGGAAAGACUAGAAGAUCUGCAUUUCUCCAGUUAUUUACAAUCUCAUGUCGCACUAACUCAAACAUCUGCAAGCGAAAACCAAAGAGAGGCAGGCAGCGAGGACUUCAUGUGAACAUAGAGAAGAGAGUUGGUGAAGAUACCUAACCAACAACAGGAAGCAUUAUCAACGGCACACAAUAAACGAAUAAUAAGUAAGAUUUCCUUAACAUUUGCAUAGUAGUGAUUCAAGGUUUUAAUAUUUAUUCUAAUUUUGUCCUCUAGGUUCAUACAAAGCGAAAAAACCGCAGAAGCCUAAGCAAAAUUCCAUCGUCUAGUGAAUGGUCUAGAAAUGAAUCACACUCGCCUGAAGAACAUUCUAGUAGGUCAUCCUCGAUGUUCUCACAUAGUAACAACUCACUGUCAUCAGCUUCUGAACGUUUAACUCCAGAUCCCACAGCAACUUCACAGUAUGGUCAUUCACGCCUGCAUACGACUUAUGAAACAGAUAUGAACACGGACUUUGCCUAUGAUCGCUUGACUCGCAAACGAGAAAUCGAAGCUAGAUUAAGAGAGAUUGAAUCGACUGAAAGAAAAUUACUUAACAAACAAAAGGUCCAAAACUAUGAGAAAGAAGGGCGAUUAUCGACAAAUUAUGAUGAUUCUGCCCACGGAUAUGAUUACAAAAGGAAACGCAACACCUUAUGUGGAAAUAACUGAAUACACGAAAAGCUAAAAAUGACAAGAAUCGUUCGGUUUGAACUGUCUGGACUUGAAUAUACACAAGAUAAUUGAAACUUACAGUUACAGGCAACAUGGCUUGAAUCUCGGUCGAUCAGAAAGAUUAUCGAGAAAAAAAACCUGACACUAUUUAGAAUUCAGACUUUAAAUAUGUCCGUCUCAGGUAACCUGAAACAUUUUUAGCAAACGCUUCACAACCAAAUAUCGGUACAACAUCUUUACCGAGAGAAUGGUGUGUAAUCUUGAGAUACCAAAAGUGUAUCCACAAUUCAGUCUUCACAUAAUGAGUUUAGAUCGAAAUUCGUCCCGUAAAUUUGCGCUAACAAAAGCUGCAAUUAUUGCUGAGUAAGUUAACUUACAUUACGUGACCCUGAUAGCUAAUUAUUACAAAUAUGAAUCGCUGACUAAAUAUAGGCGUUGACUAUUAGUGUUUAGAAGCAUGGAAUCUGGGUCAGGUGUAACUUUCCACUAUCGGAUUUUGGUGUUUUAUAAUUAGUUACGGUGCGCAUAUCUAGAGUCUGUAUUUCAAAAUUAGCCGCAGAUCACAACCUGCUAUUCUGAUACUGGAAAAUCUAUUGAAAUGUUCAAUUAGAUGGCAGUGCUUCAGGAUAUAUCAUCAGUGCAUCCGGUGACAAGAUAUUUUGUUGAAACUGUUUAAAACCGUAUGAUGAUAGUUAUCUAUCUACAUAGAAAUUUGUAUGUUACCAUUUGUUUUUAUUUGUACCUUCUAGACUUCCAAAGAAAUACGUUAAGUAAUGUCAAAGAAUGACUGCAGAACUGAUCAUCAGUUGCAAUUUACAUGAUCCGUCUUUCUUACCCUUGUUGCAGUAAUACCAUCAAGUGUGAUAUCCAAUACUUAUGUACAUUUCAACUUAAUUUUGUAUCAUAAAAAG